CGCGCCUGCGGUGCAGGAAUUAAGAAGAUGGCAUCUUUUACACCAAGGAAGAGAAAGCAUUCUUUGACCAGUGACACCCUGUUGUCAGAUAUUCCAUCAAAGAAAGUAAUUUUGCACUUCACUGAAAAUCUGUUUCUAUCAACUAAUAAAAAGUACAUUUGUCAAAGUGCUGAUGAAAAUGAAGAAAAUGUACAUUGCUCUCAACAAGGCCAUUUCACCUUAAGUCCCCUCAAAACAGCUAAAAAAAAUGGGUUGCCAUCUGCAAGACAAGGUUCGCCAUUUAAAUCUGCUGUGUCUGCUGUAACUUUUUACAACAAAAAUAAGUCGUACCUCAAUCCCUUGGAGAGAAAGGUGAUAAAAGAGUAUAGAUCCACUUAUCUAAAAACUAAUAAUGAAGAUAAAUCUUUUCCCAGUGUGACAGGAAAAAUUAAGAGAAAACCAGUUUACUUCAAGAAGAGCAAUAAAAAACCACAGAAGAAUUUAACUGCUAAGUGUCAACCAAGUUAUAAGCAUAUCAAGCCUGUAUCAAGGACUUCUAAAAGUUCUCAGCAAAAUCGAGUGACCUAUAAGCCAAUUAUGGAGAAAGAGAAUAAUUGUUAUUCAGCUAAAAACAACCCUAACGUUCCACGAGUUCUAAGCCAAAAAACAAAACCACAGGUUACACUCCAGGGUGGAGCUGCAUUUUUUAUUAGAAAAAAAUCCUCUGUUAAAAAAUGUUCUCUGGAAAAUGAGUCACUGGGACUCAGCCAAAAGAAUAAAUCAGUAAUAACUGAAGAUUCUGAUGUAGAAACUGUCAGUGAAAGAAAACCUUUAGAGACAAAGCAAAUGCCAAAGUGCUUAUUCCUGGAAAGGAAAUUGAACAUUGAGCUACUGGGUGAAAAAAGCAAAAAGGAAGACAAGUUAAUACAGGAUUCAUCAGGUGGAGUAGUUUCUUCAAGGGAAUAUGAAGUUGAUAAAAAUAAGUGUAUUUUUUCUUUAGAGGAUUCCCUUGGUGAGAACAAGACAAUUUCUCCUGAGUCCAUCAUCUAUCCCAUCUUCAAUGUGUCUUCAGUCAAUACAAAAAAAUCUCUAGCUGAAGAUCAGUCUUCUGUGGGAUCCGUUGUAUGUACUAACUUCUUGAAACAUGCCAGUACCCAGAAAAGUACAAAUACCAGAGAUACAAAUAAAGAAUCAAAAGACCAGCUCAUCAUUGAUGCAGGUCAGAAACGUUUUGGGGCUACUAUGUGUAAAUCUUGUAGCAUGAUAUAUACUGCUUCCAGCCCUGAGGAUGAAAUGCAGCAUGUCCAGCAUCACCACAGAUUUCUGGAAGGAAUCAAGUAUGUGGGAUGGAAGAAAGAGCGAGUAGUAGCAGAGUUUUGGGAUGGGAAAAUCGUGUUGGUCCUGCCACAGGAUCCAAGUUAUGCUGUCAGAAAGGUAGAAGAUGUCCAAGAACUUGUUGAUAGUGAAUUGGGCUUUCAGCAAGUAGUUUCUAGAUGUCCAAACAAAACCAAAACUUUCCUCUUUAUAUCUGAUGAAAAGAGAGUAGUUGGGUGUUUAAUUGCAGAGCCCAUCAAACAGGCCUUUCGGGUCCUGUCUGAACCAACUGGCCCAAGCUCUAAAGAAUGUCUGAGGGCGUGGCAAUGUUCAAAUGUACCAGAACCUGCAGUCUGUGGGAUAAGUAGAAUCUGGGUUUUCAAAUUGAAGAGAAGAAAGCGCAUUGCAAGACGACUGGUAGAUACUCUCAGGAAUUGUUUCAUGUUUGGCUGUUUUCUCAGCACUGAUGAAAUAGCAUUCUCUGACCCAACACCAGAUGGCAAGUUAUUUGCAACCAAUUAUUGCAAUACCCCUAAUUUCCUGGUAUACAAUUUUAAUAGUUAAAGUUGAUUUCAAAUAUAAAAUAGUUACUAUGUGGAUAAGUACAAAAAUUCCCUUAAUGUCAUACAAUACUGAGAUUCAGACACAGGCAUGCAAAACUGCCAGUUUUGUUUCUUAUGAGUUGAAAUUUGCUAAAAGAUUAUCUAUGGAUUCA